UCACUCCGAGUUUCUCUUAGCAGAGAGAGAGAGAGAGAGAGAGAGGGAGGUUGGAGGGAGAGCGCUUUAAUUUUCGCGCGGCGGAUGGGCUUCGGCCUCGCGCUGGUCCCUACGAGAUGGGCUUCCUCUCCGGUCCGAACCCCCCGACCGGCCGGUUCGGUUUCUUCCGGUUCACAAGACCACCUCCUCCGCUUGACUCCUCUGCAAUAUCGUUUUAUGUUAAUACUACCGGAGGAAAGGGCGAACCUCCGCAGAGCAACUUUUAAAGCAUCUGCGUAUUACUCUACGGCACUUCAAGGCGUCGAUAAUGUAUCUGAUGAUGUGAAAGCAAUGAAGGAGAACAUGGACAGGAACUGCCGGGGUGAAUCUCGUGAUGUAUACGAAACUGUCAAUGUGAUGAAUGAGAAUGUGACUGCUGCUGCUGCUGCAAAAUUGGGAGCAAAAAGCUACUUGCAAUUUAAUUUGUUGAUGGAAAAUCUUCAUGACAUAGAAGAUAUUUUGUCUGGUACUGACAUGAUAAUGCUGGAAAGGGAUAUUCUCGUACAUAUAAAGCAGCUCGGAGCUCUGAAAUUGUUUCGUGCAUGUCUCUCCAGGAAUUUCGGUGUAGCGACUACACUGGAAUCAAAUUUCGUAGAGACUUCAUUUGAUGAGCAAAACGAUAGAGUAAUCGUUCGCACUGCGAAAGCUCGAGAGAGGAAGCUCAGAAGAAAAGGAGCGUCAGAAAGGGUUAAAGAAGAAACUACUGCUUCGAUGCCAUCUAGUGUGACCUAUCCAGGGUCGAGAAGUAAAAGAGCUUCAAUUGCACAAAAUGAAUCAAAAAUGUCAGAGGGAGUUAAGGAAGUUGCGAGACUUGAAAGAGCCCGCCAAAAACUAGAAGAGCAAAGUGGGCAACCAGCUAGUUACGCCAGAUGGGCAGAAGCAGUUGGAAUUGAUCAAAAAACACUAAAGCAGCGUUUGCAGUUUGGUUGGUUUUGUAGGGAUAAACUUAUAAAAAGUACCCGUUCGUUAGUGAUGUACCUUGCUAAGAAUUACAGAGGAAUGGGGAUUGCGUUUGAAGAUCUUAUACAGGCUGGGAAUGUGGGUGUUCUCAAUGGAGCUGAGAGAUUCGACAGCAUGAAGGGUUACAAAUUCUCAACUUAUGUUCGGUACUGGAUUAAAAAAUCAAUAUUAGCGUUGAUAGCACGGCACAAAAGAGGAAUUCAGAUACCUGUGAGAAUGGAGAAUAUGAUUCAGAGAAUACAGAAAGCUAGGAGAGCCUUCCAUAACAAGAGAGGGAGGUACCCACAAGAUGAGGAAACAGCUAAAUUGACCGGUUUAUCAUUAGCUAAUGUAAGAUUAGCUAGGAAGUGCUCUCUUGCUGUUGGUUCAAUUGAUCAAGAGAUUGGUAAUGGAUGGUGCACAAAGUUCGCGGAAGUAACCCCAGAUCAAUCGAUAAAAUCUCCUUACGAGAUCAUCAUUAGGCAACAGAUGAGAGAAAGCCUUUUUCAGCUCCUAGAGAAGCUGCAUCCAAGAGAGAGGGAGGUACUAUUGUUAAGAUAUGGCCUGGUAGAUGGAAUAUGCAAGUGGCUGGACCGCCAUAAUUUGUCUUUAACUCUCAUAAAAGGGUACAGCAUAAACGGAGCUCGAUUUGCACGGACCGAGUCCCAUCGAGCUGAGUGUUGGCCGUGCCUGCGGUCGGAUAUCGAGGGAAUAGGGGACAAAUGCAAUGCAGGCUUGUGA